GCUAAUUUGACGGGUACCCGAUCUUGGACUACUGCGCAGCUACUUAUAAAUACCACGGGCAAGUCAAGCCAGUUAGUUAGAGCUCAGCACUCCGUCAGGGAACACAGUCGUAAUGCAUUUUUUUGGACUACUCGUGCCGAUCGUUUGCGGUGUUUUGUUCGUCGGUGCCGAUCCCCAGCACACAUACGACGGGCGUAAUGGGCCCCACGUUUUCGGAACUCCCGGCAAUCAGGUCUACAUUCGAGGCCAAAACGACGGCGUCUACAAGGUGCCGGGAGUAGGUGGACAGUUCCAGCACUCGUCGUCGCCAGCACAACAUGUCUACACGGAUGAGCAGGGAAACACCUAUGUGCACCAGAGGAAGGCGGGAGGACCAGCCACUCAUACUAUAAGGGGACCAGGUCUCGUUGUCGCCCAGCCCAAUUAUCCCGGUGCCCAGGACUCACGGUAUGGAUCAGCGGCUCCAGUGCCCCGUGUAGCUCGUAGCCCUCAGUUCCAUGUGGAGCGCCCUGGGCGCACUGUGGAUGUGGGCCCUGGAGGGUUUGUGGUUCAAAGAAGUGCGCGUAGCCCUCAGUUCCACGUGGAGCGUCCUGGACGCACCGUGGAUGUGGGCUCUGGAGGAUUCGUGGUGCAAAGAAGCCGCCGUAGUCCCCAGUUUCACGUGGAGCGACCUGGUCGAACUGUAGACUUUGGUCCUGGAGGAUUUGUGGUUCAGAGGAGCAGCCGCAGCAUCAACGACGGUCGCGUGCAGGGUGAGAACUUUGUAGCUCGUGACGAUCAGGCAGGCAUUUGGGAUGACAAUGUAUCGGUGUGGAAGCGUCCGGACGGACGAACAGUCUCCGUCGGCAGCGAUGGCAGCGUUAGCAUUUCUGGUCAUGGAGCGACCCAGAAUUACUAAGAAAGAUGCCUCAAUAUUUUUCCAAGGACUACAGAUCUAAAGUACUUAUGAUUAUUAUUAUAUAAAGUUCAAUUAAAUAAAAAUAUACUAUUGCAAA